AAGAAAAAAAACGAACAAAAAAAACAACAUGGCCGCUUCCAUUCGCAGGCGUGAGAAAGUGAACGGGAAGAACUGAACUUGUCGCAGCGAGGACACACACGCACACACGCACACACACACACGCACACACACACCGUGAGGACAUUAUUCCGAGUCACGCCUACGGAGACAAAGCAGCCGAAGAGUUAGCGUCUCCGCCCGGCUGAGGCGUCACAGGACUUUAUGCUGGUGCACUCAGCUCGGCUCUUCCCCCUCAUCGUCUCCCGUCAGCGGUCAUUUCAGUGGAGGUUACCCAGUGGUGCUGCUGCUGCUGCUGCUGCUGCUCUUAGCAGGGGGCUGAAGUCUAUGGAGCCCCUGAAGGCCACUCACGACCCAGAGGUUCCCACUAUCAACCCCCCGGCCAAUGUCAUGUGCCCAGCCCUGACGACGGACACGGACCCGGACCCGUCUGACACGGACAAGACGCCUGCUGUGGGUCUUUUACCGGGAGAGACGGUGGUCAGGGAGGGCAAGGCGGCCAUCUUGUUCCCCAGUGCAAACGAAGUGUUCUACAACCCGGUCCAGGAGUUUAACAGAGAUCUGACAUGUGCCGUGAUCACGGAGUUUGCCCGAGAUGUGCUGGCUCAGCGCGGAGUGAAGGUGGUGGUGCCCGGAGAGAAAGAGCGGGUGGUGGUGUCGCUGUCGGAGGAGGCGAGCGAGGCCGACGCUCCGGCGGAGGAGGGGGAGAAGAUGAAGAACGGAGCGGAGGAGCCGGCGGUGACCGCGAGGGUGGGGGAGAAAUGUGAGCGAGGUCUCCGCGUCCUGGAGGGUCUGGCGGCGUCGGGUUUGCGCUCAGUGCGUUUCGCCCUGGAGGUCCCCGGCCUGCAGAGCGUCACCGCCAACGACUUUUCCGCCAAUGCGGCAGGCCUGAUUGCCCGGAACGCCCAGUACAACGGAGUGGGCCACCUGCUCCGGGCCAGCUGCCGGGACGCCAGUAUGCUGAUGUAUGAGAUGCGAGCGAAGAAGGAGCGUUAUGACGUCAUUGAUCUGGAUCCCUAUGGAAGCCCCGCCUGCUUUCUGGAUGCCGCCGUGCAGGCCGUCAGUGAAGGAGGUCUGUUGUGUGUAACGUGCACAGACAUGGCGGUGAUGGCUGGAAACAGUGGAGAGACCUGCUACAGCAAGUAUGGCUCCGUCUCCAUCAAAGCCAAGUACUGUCAUGAGAUGGCUCUUCGUAUAAUCCUCCACAGUUUAGACCAGAGGGCGGGGGUGUACCAGCGAUACAUCCAACCCCUGCUCUGCGUCAGCGUCGACUUCUACAUACGAAUCUUUGUCCGUGUCUUCACGGGACAAGCUACGGUCAAAAACUCUGCCAGUAAACAGGCUCUGGUCUACAACUGUGUCGGCUGUGGCUCGUUCCACCUGCAGCGACUGGGCAAGAGGACGACGAGCGGGAAAAAUAUGAAGUAUUCUGCUGCCACUGGACCUCCUGUCGGACCAGAUUGUGACCACUGUGGACAGAGACAUCAGCUGGGGGGUCCUCUUUGGGCGGAGCCUAUCCACAACUUGCCGUUUGUCCAGAAGGUUUUGUCCGCCGUGUCGGGUAACCCGUCCCGGUUUGGAACGUCCAAACGCAUCGAGGGUGUGCUCAGCAUGGUGACCGAGGAGCUGGAAGACGUUCCUCUGUAUUACGCCGUGGACAGUCUGAGUAGCACGAUCCACUGCAACACGCCGCCGCUGCUGCAGUUCAGGUCGGCGCUCCUUCACGCCGGUCACCGCGUUUCCCUCUCUCACGCCUGCAAGAACGGCAUCAAGACGGACGCGCCGCCCGCCGCCAUCUGGGACGUCAUGCGAUGCUGGGAGAAGGCGAAUCCUGUGAAGAGGGAGAAGUUGUCUCAGACCAGCCCGGCCUUCAAGAUCCUCUCCACCGAGCCCAGCCUCGAGGCCUGUUUCACCGUGAGGGAGGACGCCAACCCUCAGUCCCGUAAACGCCACCUGACCAGGUUCCAGGAGAACCCUCAGGCGUUCUGGGGACCCAAGGCUCGCGCAAAAGCCAGCGGCGGCGGCGUCACCACCAACCUGCAGGACAAGAGGAAAAAGUGCCAGAACAAGAGGAAGAACCAGAUCACCGACUCGUCUCAGCUGAAAAACUUCCCCUGCAAGAGGUUCAGACAGGGAUCGUGUUCACAUGGAGAGAAAUGCUGCUACUCCCACGACCUGCAGUCAACGAACGAAGACAACAUGGAAUAAUUCAACAGUUCUUUUUGAUUAAUUGUUAUUUUUUAAAUAUAGUUUUAUUCCUGGAGUUUGAACGAUGCACUGCCGUCAGGACAACGACCUUUAAAAAACUGUUAACGCUCGGGACUGUCCCCGAUAACCCCGUCACGAAAAAACCAGCCCAGUGGCCUACGAAAUAAUUUCCAUUUCUUUUUCUUAAGGUUAAAAAUUAAUAAUUGUAACUAUUUGCUGAGCAAAAGACCUCGUGGCUCCCGUUCUCUCUGUGAGAGGCCGAAGAACCCAACGUUUCAUUUACAGCCACGGAAGAAAAAAUCGAGCGGACACUGUUACGUCUCUGCGAAUUUCUUUAUUGUUCAAAAUCUCAUACCAAGACGGUGAGGAACUAAUCCGUUAUUCAGUGUUAUGGCAGAGGGACUUUAUUUGGGGUUUUUUUGGACUGUUAACGCGUCAAUAAAUUCCUCUCUCCCACUUUAAA